UCACAGAGGCCCUUACAGGCUACUAUAGUGAUGCUGAACUCUAAUAGUAGAAGCUCAGCAUCACCGAAUGUCACCAUGACAACACUCUGCACAGACUCUCCCACCAAGCCCAAAAAUAGGACCUUAUUUAGCACAGAAUGGCUCUCACUACUCAAACCAUCUGUGAAUCUGAAACCAGAGGUUGGCGGUCUGAAGUUCUCAAAGUCUCUGAAUGACGUGGGCCAAAAGAUGGACACCCUGUACAGCGGUCUUCACUUUAUAGACCGCACAUGCUCAGAUGGGGAGCUGGACACGGAGAAAGAAAAGCACAUAAAAGAUGACCAUGACAAAGCCCACUCUAAUCCAUCUCAUCCUCCAUCAUUCACACUCAACUACAAAUACAUCUCCAGUGCAGGUCCUGAGCACCGCUUGGUUCCUCCUCCAUCAGAUCUUCAGAGAAGCUCAAACUUCCUACGCUUUAUCUUCCCGUUCACCCGCUUAUCCACCGCAGGAAGCUCAGAGAUGGGAAGCUACACCUCGCCGUUGCACAUCCACAAGUCAUCCAGCGUCUUGUUAGAGGUCGCUGAGUCCUGUUGUAUGGAGGAGAUUGGAGAUGAUGAGGUGUUUGAGGAGGACUCAUCUCGACAAAAGCUCAAGGUGGAGGGCUUGAGGGCUCCUCUUUGUUCACUUGACGAGGACAGCGACUUGGAUCCGUGCUCCUCUCCGCUUUCAGAGAAGAACGGCCCCCUCUCGCCCUUCUCUCUUUCUGGGGACUGCUGCAGGUUGGUGGGGUUUACUCACUCCCACCCAGCUCCUUUUACCCGUGGACUCCACCUUAGGUGAUUGACCUUCAUAGUGACAUCACAACCCCCACCUGGAUAUUAUUUCCCACUUUCCUAGUUUCUCCUACCUGUAGAGCUUAUGUGCUGUAAAACUGCUACUGUGUUCUACAUUAGCAGCGUGAUCGCUUCCAUUUCUCUGCUAUUAGCGAUCAAUAAAAGACUCGUACAUGGGUGGAGUUGUCAGUAUUAUAGAUCCAUGUGUUUUAAAGGAAGUACAGGCCUGGCAGUCUGCCCUGUGGACUGUAUGUAAGGGAUAUUAUUGAAGGAUAACCCCAAAAGGGUUAUCAGGAGAUCGGUUUUAUGCUCAUCAUGUACAUUAAAUUUAAUUCUGGUAAAACUGAAACCCCUCCAGUGGCAUUUUGAAUACAGUUAUAUUUAUGCAUGUGGCAGACGCUGUUAUCUAAAGCGACAUUUUUAUCUGUGUGUGUGUUUCCUGGAAAUCAAACCCAUGACCUUUGCAUUGCUAACAUAAUGCACUACCAAUUGGUUGGCAUAAAAGUAACCAAUUAGAAAUAGUAACGUGCAUUGCUAU